UGGGCACUGAUGGGUGGCACUGGUUGGGCACAGGUGGGUGGCACUGGUGGGCACAGGUGGGUUGGCACAGGUGGGCACAGGUGGGUGCAUUUCUGGGCACAGGUGGGCGCACUGCUAGGCACAGGUGGGCGCGCACUGCUGGGCACAGGUGGGUGCAUUGCUGGGCACAGGUGGGCGGAACUUGUGUGUGGCACUGCUGGGCACGAUCAUCAGGGCACUGAUCAUCAGUGACCCUGAUGAUCUGUGCCGUUCCCUGCUCUGACAACUGCCGGUUUUCGGCAGUACUUUCCUCACGAUCUGACAGCGUGAGGAAAGUGCAGCCAAGAACCGGCAUUUGCAU